AUGGUGGUAGUGGCAAAUCCAGAUGCAAAAGAAUUGCGUGGUAAGAAGAUUGAUAUGAUUGAUGAAUUAGCUAUUGUGUAUGACAAUGAUCAAGCAACCGAAGAAUGGGCAUGUUCACGUAAAGAUAUAAUUGCAAACCCGUCAAGACAAAUGAAUGAUAGUGACGAGAGUACACACCAAUAUUCGAUCUUAAUGAGAAUAUGA